UUUGGCCACACGGGUUCCCCAAGUACACACACAUAUAGAGAUGGAUAAACACCCCACGGCACACCGGGCCGGGGUGACUCGAGUUCGCACAACAGGUUGCUCCAAUGCGUUCCUUAUUAUCCCCACCAGCGCUUUCAGCCGCGGCCAAGAAAGGGGGGACGCCGCGGACUUGCUUUCCAAGAUCCUGACCCUGAAUUAGUCAGAGGAAACGGGUGGGAAGGGCUGGCUAUGAGUUUGGAGAGCCCGGCUCGGGAAGAAGGACUUCUUCGCAAACCCUCCUGAGCCUCCGCCAUGACGUUUGCCGAACUUCUGGACCAGAUCGGGGGCAUGGGCCGCUUCCAGGUCGUCCACGUGGCAUUGCUGGUGGUCCCCAUCCUCCUGACGGCCAGCCACAACCUUCUGCAGAACUUCUCGGCCGCCGUGCCGGAGCAUCACUGCCGGAUCCGGCUGGUGGGCAACGGCACCGACUGGCACGCCAACCACACCGAGGUGACGGAGGAGGACCUCUUGUGGGCCUCCAUCCCCAAAGAUGCCAGCGGGAAGCCGGAGAAGUGCCGCCGGUUUGUCAGCCCUCGUUGGCACCUCCCCAACGCCAGUGCGGAUGGCGGCAACGAGACUCACGUUGACACCGAGCCCUGCCACGAUGGGUGGAUCUACGACCAAAGUGUCUUCACCAACACCAUCAUCAUGGAGUGGGACCUGGUGUGUAACCUGCGGACCAGGCGCCAGAUGGCUCAGUCCAUAUACAUGGGAGGAGUGCUGGUCGGGGCCCUCGUCUUCGGCAGCUUAGCCGACAGGUUUGGGCGCAAAGCCAUAAUAAGUUGGUCCUAUCUGCAAAUGGCUGUCUCGGGCGUAUGCACGGCUUUCUCUCCAAGCCUCACGGCUUAUUGCGUCUUUCGCUUCCUGGUCGGGAUGGCGCUCUCUGGGAUCGUCCUAAACUGCAUGUCCUUAGUCCUCGAAUGGGUCCCAACCAAAGUCCGCACUGUUGCUGGGACGGUCGUGGGAUACAGCGCAACCUUUGGGCAAAUCAUUCUCCCUGGACUGGCCUACGCCCUCCCGGACUGGCGCUGGCUCCAGUUUACAGCGUCCAUGCCUUUCUUUGCCUUUUUCAUCUACUCCUGGUGGUUCGCUGAAUCCGCCCGAUGGCUGGUCCUCUCCGGGAAGCUGGAGCAAGCCGUCCAAGUGCUGAAGAAGGUGGCCCAGUUCAAUGGAAAGAAGGAAGAAGGAGAGAAACUCACCACCGAGGUUUUGAAAUCCAGUAUGCAGAAAGAGCUGGCCUUGGCACAAACUUCGUAUUCCGUCGCCAGCUUGGUCCGGACCCGCACCGUGCGCCGGAUCUCCUGCUGCAUCUCCAGCGUCUGGUUCGCCACUAGCUUUGCCUACUACGGCCUUGCCAUGGACCUCCAGAACUUCGGCUUCAGCAUCUACCUGAUCCAGGUAGCCUUUGGCUCCAUUGACAUCCCAGCCAAGCUCGGUGCCGCCAUUGGCAUGAGCUACAUCGGCCGGAGGACCACCCAAGCCUCCUCGGUCAUCUUGGCCGGCUUGGCCAUCCUGGCCAAUAUCUUCGUACCCCAAGAUCUGCGAGCGCUGAGGACGUCUUUGGCGGUGCUUGGGAAAGGAUGCUUGGCCUCCUCCUUCAACUGUCUUUACCUCUACACCGGGGAGCUCUACCCAACGGUGAUCCGACAGACCGGGAUGGGGCUGGGCAGCACCCUGGCCCGUGUGGGGGGCAUAGUGGCACCAAUGGUAAGAAUGACGGGGGAAUAUUUCCCGUACCUCCCACCACUCAUAUAUGGGACGGCCCCAAUCCUGUCUGGGAUCGCCGCCAUCUUCCUGCCGGAGACACUCAACGUGCCACUCCCGGACACCAUCGAAGAAGUCGAGAGCAGAAGGACGUCUGAGCAACAGAGCCUCCCUUCCAAGGGCCAAGAGCAGGUUUUGCUCCAGAAGAUGGGUCAAGGCAACUCCCAGGAAGAUGGACUCUGCUGAAAUGGGGGUGAAUGGGCUGGAGAUCUUCCUCUGAAGAUCCUCCCAUGACCUCCUCACCGUCUGGGGCUCCUUUUUGGGGUGGAAGCCGCUGUGCUGGGAUGGAAGCUGACCAAAUAAAGACAUUUCAAGCA